UAUUGCGUCAUCGCGUUACGUGCGGUCAAAGGUUAGCAAGAUGGCGGCGCCCUGGUGCAAGCGGCUGCUCCAGGGAUGGGUCUUCUUUUCGGGCCUCGUCCCCCGGGCCUUGAGUAGCCGGAGCCGUGCGGUUGCUGCCCGGUGGCAGGACCCCGGCCGCUGCCCCUUUUUCCGGGCCUACUGCCGCAGGAGCAGCCUAUAUGACCAUGUGAGGGAUGGCUAUUCAGACAGGCCCCAGCUGGACAUGGGGCGGGUCUGCAGCAAUACCCAGGCGGUGCUGGAUAAUGUGCGGAAUCGCAAGGGCGAGCUGACCGGGGACGAUGUGGCUGACAUCGUCGCUAUGUGGAAACAAUUGGUGAAAACAAAGGCGGAAAUCGAGAAAUUAGAAAAUGAGAAAAAUAAUAUUAGUGAUUCAGUUAAGGCCCUCCUGGACAAGCACAACAAAGAAACCCUUCAGUCUCAUCCUGAUUUCUCAAGACUGCGAAACCGAGGGAAGGAAAUUCGCCUGGAAUUAAAUUUUCUUUAUAAUCAAGAGAGCCAGCUGGAUGAACAAUUCUAUCUAAAGGCCUUGAAGCUGCCCAACUGGACUCAUCCAAGUGUGCCUGUAGGUGAUGAGAGCCAGGCUCAUGUGGUUGAAAUUGUUGGUGAUAAGCCAGUGUUUGAUUUUAAACCCAAGGGCCAUUUGCAAAUUGGUGAAGACCUGGGCAUUAUCAGACAACGGCGACUCUCUCACAUUUCUGGUCAUCGAUCGUACUAUUUACAUGGAGCAGGCAGUGAGCUGCAACACGCCUUGGUCCAGUUUACAAUGAGCAAGCUCCUCAGCAAGGGGUUCACGCCAAUAACUGUACCGGAUAUGCUGAGAGGUGCUGUGUUUGAAGGCUGCGGGAUGCGGCCCAAUGCCAAAUCCUCCCAGGUUUACCAGCUUGACCCGACUCGUUUUGAAGACCUCUGCCUGGCAGGAACAGCUGAGGUUGGCAUCGCAGGUUAUUUCAUGGACCAUGCUGUUAACCUGCAGGAUCUGCCUGUGAGGGUGCUGGAUAUGCCGACCCAGGAACUCGGACUUCCGGCUUAUCGGAAAUUUGAUAUCGAGGCUUGGAUGCCUGGGAGGGGUAAUUAUGGAGAGCUUUCAAGUGCAUCGAACUGCACAGACUACCAGAGCAGAAGAUUGAAUAUCAUGUAUUAUGAGGAAACUGGACAGCUCAAAUAUGCUCACACUGUUAAUGCAACCGCCUGCGCUGUACCCCGCACUCUGAUCGCCAUCUUGGAAUGUAACCAGCUCCAGGACGGCAGUGUGAGGGUUCCCUCCGUCCUCCAGCCCUACCUCGGCAAGGAAGUGAUCUCUCGGCCUCCCCGCAGCCUGUUACUCUACAUCGGGCCCAACCAGUACCAGCGGAAUCUCAACAGGGCUCAGUGAGUGCCAACCACCCUGUAAGCGACCAGAGACUGCCCAGAUCUCCAUGUUGGCAUUUCUUGGUACAGCUGGCAUGGAUGCUUGACAAGAGGUGGUCACCUCACAGUUUAACCCUUUAGUGUGUGUCUGUCUCUCUCUCUGUCUCUCUGUCUGUCUGUCUCUCUGUCUGUCUGUCUGUCU